CAGAGUUCGUUUUAGCGCUAUAAUUAGAAGACAUAUGACAAAAAAGAUGGCAGCGAUUGCCGACCGCUGUCCUUCGGAUAUAUUGCAAAAAUGGCGCAUUAUCUGAUAUUUUCACAAUAUUUUAUAGUUAUAAGUGAACAUUUGUGCAGUGCUACAUUGUGAUGGUGUGUUGUUUUACAUGAAUGACAGUGUUAAACGUGUGUAAACAGGACUGCGACUCUCAUCUGGAUAUUGGAUUACACAUAAAAUCAAGGCACGAUGGUGGUGGGAGAGAACAAGCGGUCCAACAUCAUGGACGGCAUCGAGAACACGGGCGACGUCCGUCUGCACGACCACCGGCUGCGGCUCAAACAGAGGUUCGACAUAGUCCGCAAGCUCGGGCAGGGCACGUACGGCAAGGUCCAGCUGGGCAUCAACAAGAAAACGGGGCAGGAGGUCGCCAUCAAGACCAUAAAGAAGUGCAAGAUCGAGUCGGAGGCGGACUUGGUGCGCAUCCGGCGGGAGGUGCAGAUCAUGUCCUCCGUGCGCCAUCCCAACAUUGUACAUAUUUAUGAAGUAUUUGAAAAUAGUGAAAAGAUGAUCCUCGUGAUGGAGUACUGCUCUGGCGGUGAACUGUACGACUACCUCAGCCAAAAGAAAGUAUUACAAGAAGACGAAGCGAGAAGAUUAUUCCGUCAGAUCGCGACGGCGGUUUAUUAUUGCCAUAUACACAAGAUAUGCCAUAGAGACCUGAAGCUGGAGAACGUGCUGCUGGACGACACGGGCAGCGCCAAGAUAGCCGACUUCGGUCUGUCCAACGUGUUCAAAGAGACGUCGCUGCUGGCGACGUUCUGCGGGUCGCCUCUGUACGCGUCGCCGGAGAUUGUUAAAGGGACGCCUUACAUCGGCCCUGAGGUGGACUGCUGGUCGCUGGGCGUGUUGUUGUACACGCUGGUGUACGGCGCCAUGCCGUUCGACGGCUCCAACUUCAAGCGGCUAGUGCGCCAGAUCAGCAACGGGGAUUACUACGAACCCAAGACUCCCUCCACCGCGUCGCCGCUCAUCCGAGACAUGCUGACGGUGGACCCUCUCAAGCGCGCGGACAUUGUGUAUAUUUGUGAUCACUCGUGGGUGAACACGGGCUGCUCUCGGGGCUGCCUGGAGAUGGCGGAGAUGCUGGCGGCCGAGACGCCGGUGCGGCUGGACCUGCUGCUGUCGCUGGCGCCGCCGCCGACCAACUCCGUCGUGGUGCCCAACGAGGGCGAGCUGACAGCGUCAGAGAGCGGCGCAGAGCUGACAACCUCCGCCUCGAUGGCCAUGGUGGAGCCCAGCAGUUCCGCCGAGAAGAGAAUUCUUGACCUCAUGGCCGAGGGCGGCGAGGACGCGAUCAAGCCGUCGCCGACGCGCACGCUCGUGGCCGACAAGCGCAAGCUCGAGCUGGCCGCCUCCGCCGCCGCCGUCGGCAGGAAAAAGGAGCGGGUUCACAGUUCGGCGAGCCUCGCGGGCGCCGCGCCCGAGCCGGCGGCGGAGCCCGGCACGCCGGAGGCGGUCCAACCCACCUUAAAAUCCUCCGCCACCAUGACGAUAUCCCCCGCCCCCGCGCCCGCGCCCGCCCCCGUGGAACUAGCCAAGGACGCCACGCGGGAGAUCAUCAAGCCGCCCAAGGAAGAACCGAAACCCUCCACCAAACCGGGCCCCGCGAGGCACAAGUGCUGCUCGCACGAGGACGAGUCCCCCGCGUCGCCCGCGUCCCCUGUGUCACCGAGGGAGGACGUGUCGGCUGCGGCCGCGCAGCUCACGGGGCUGGCCAUCGCGCAGCCGCAGCCGCUGCCGCUGCCGCAGGCGCCCCAGCAGCCCAAACCUAAGAAAUUCUCUAUACCAGGCGGCAAUGUGGGGAGCUUCAAGGAGCAGUUCGAGCGGCGCGCCUCGCUCACGGCCGCGCCCGAGCCCAAGCGAACCCUCUCCAAGCCCGUGUCGAAGAUCGCCAAGCCGAAGGCGCAGAGCGAGGACCGCGAGCUGCAGAAGAGUCCGGACAAUGGUUCCGUUAGACUGCAGCAGAUCGGGAUCGAGCCAUCGCCGCUGCCGCAGCAGCCGCACCCGCGCCGCGGCGGCGUGCACAAGACGGAGAGCGAGCCCGGCCGCGCCGCGCCCGUCGACGCCGCCGUGCUGCUGCACGACGCCAGGAGGAGCCUGCAGAACUCGAUGGCCAGGCUGGAGGAGGCCAAGCUGGGCGAGGAGACGCGCCGCCGCGCCGCGCGGGACAUCAUCUCCACCGCCAUACGGACAGGCAAGCCGCCGGUGCCGUACGGGCGCUCGUCGUCGGCGGGGGUCGCCGCGCUCAGCGGGCCCGCCUCGCCACCAGCGCCCGCGUCGCCCGGCUCGCGCGUGUUCCGCACCGAGGCGCAGCACCGCGUCGAAGACCACCGCCCCAGGUAUGCCGUCACACCACACCACACCACACCACACCCCGCACCACACCGCCUCGCCACCAGCGCCCGCGUCGCCCGGCUCGCGCGUGUUCCGCACCGAGGCGCAGCACCGCGUCGAAGACCACCGCCCCAGGUAUGCCGUCACACCACACCACACCACACCACACCCCGCACCACACCGCCUCGCCACCAGCGCCCGCGUCGCCCGGCUCGCGCGUGUUCCGCACCGAGGCGCAGCACCGCGUCGAAGACCACCGCCCCAGGUAUGCCGUCACACCACACCACACCACACCACACCCCGCACCACACCGCCUCGCCACCAGCGCCCGCGUCGCCCGGCUCGCGCGUGUUCCGCACCGAGGCGCAGCACCGCGUCGAAGACCACCGCCCCAGGUAUGCCGUCACACCACACCACACCACACCACACCCCGCACCACACCGCCUCGCCACCAGCGCCCGCGUCGCCCGGCUCGCGCGUGUUCCGCACCGAGGCGCAGCACCGCGUCGAAGACCACCGCCCCAGGUAUGCCGUCACACCACACCACACCACACCACACCCCGCACCACACCGCCUCGCCACCAGCGCCCGCGUCGCCCGGCUCGCGCGUGUUCCGCACCGAGGCGCAGCACCGCGUCGAAGACCACCGCCCCAGGUAUGCCGUCACACCACACCACACCACACCACACCCCGCACCACACCGCCUCGCCACCAGCGCCCGCGUCGCCCGGCUCGCGCGUGUUCCGCACCGAGGCGCAGCACCGCGUCGAAGACCACCGCCCCAGGUAUGCCGUCACACCACACCACACCCCGCACCACACCGCCUCGCCACCAGCGCCCGCGUCGCCCGGCUCGCGCGUGUUCCGCACCGAGGCGCAGCACCGCGUCGAAGACCACCGCCCCAGGUAUGCCCACACACCACACCACACACCACACCCCACACCCCGCACCACACCGCCUCGCCACCAGCGCCCGCGUCGCCCGGCUCGCGCGUGUUCCGCACCGAGGCGCAGCACCGCGUCGAAGACCACCGCCCCAGGUAUGCCCACACACCACACCACACACCACACCACACCACACCCCGCACCACACCCCGCACCACACCGCCUCGCCACCAGCGCCCGCGUCGCCCGGCUCGCGCGUGUUCCGCACCGAGGCGCAGCACCGCGUCGAGGAUCACCGCCCCAGGUAUGCCCACACACCACACCACACACCACACCACACCACACCCCGCACCACACCCCGCACCACACCGCCUCGCCACCAGCGCCCGCGUCGCCCGGCUCGCGCGUGUUCCGCACCGAGGCGCAGCACCGCGUCGAGGACCACCGCCCCAGGUAUGCCGUCACACCACACCACACCCCACACCACACCCCGCACCACACCCCGCACCACACCCCGCACCACACCCCACACCACACCCUGCACCACACCCCGCACCACACCCCGCACCACACCGCCUCGCCACCAGCGCCCGCGUCGCCCGGCUCGCGUAUGCCGUCACACCACACCACACCACACACCACACACCACACCCCGCACCACACCCCGCACCACACCCCGCACCACACCCCGCACCACACCCCACACCACACCCCGCACCACACCCUGCACCACACCCCGCACCACACCCCGCACCACACCCCGCACCACACCCCACACCACACCCCGCACCACACCCUGCACCACACCCCGCACCACACCCCGCACCACACCGCCUCGCCACCAGCGCCCGCGUCGCCCGGCUCGCGUAUGCCGUCACACCACACCACACCACACACCACACACCACACCCCGCACCACACCCCGCACCACACCCCGCACCACACCCCGCACCACACCCCACACCACACCCCGCACCACACCCUGCACCACACCCCGCACCACACCCCGCACCACACCCCGCACCACACCCCACACCACACCCCGCACCACACCCUGCACCACACCCCGCACCACACCCCGCACCACACCGCCUCGCCACCAGCGCCCGCGUCGCCCGGCUCGCGCGUGUUCCGCACCGAGGCGCAGCACCGCGUCGAAGACCACCGCCCCAGGGGCGUGUCAGUGGAGCGCAUCAUCCCUAUCGCGGUGGCGGAGGAGGCCCCGCAACCCGCGCCCGCGCCCGCACCCGCCGUCAGCAGGCAAACUAGUCACCAACCGUUAAGACGAUUAACGUCAAACGAAUCGACGGGCAGCGCGGCCGAGUCCGUGUCGAGCGCCGGCGAACCCAUCAAGAAGAGCGCCAGGGAGUUCAUCAUACCCAUAGCGGUGGAGGGCAAGGGAUACGUCACACCGAGCCAACGCAGCACCGAGCCGGAGAUGACGCGCAAGCCGCGCAAGCCCAGACGCAUCAGCAGCCUCGUAAGCGGCGGCGAAUCUGAAGAAGAAGACGACACCCACAUGCAUCGCCUGAGGUCGUCGCGCGCGGCGCGGGCCGAGUCGGUGAGCUCGGGCGAGGAGGACGAGGAGGACGAGGGCUUCCAUCUCCUCACGGCCGAGAACCUCUUCUCCACGCUGCUACACAGGGUCCGCGCGCUGACCAACCGGCUGAACGGCGAGGAGGGGCCCGGCUUCCAGCGCCCGCACUCGCUCUUCAACAACCUCGCGCACGACAACUUCUUCAACAGCCCUCACUUACCCAGGAGAAACUUGCUACGCGAGGGCUGGGGCUCGCGCGACCUGCACGCGGACUUCGAGUCGAUGUUCAACAAGCCGCGCCAGCCGCCGCGAGGUAAUAGUAAGAGAACGGGUAAACACGGGAGCGAGAGCGGCAAAGACUCGGCGCUGGACCUGUCGGACCUGGACCUGAGCGGCAUGCGGCUGAGCGGGCGCGAGCUGCGCGCGCUGUCCGGCCUCACGCCCGCGCUGUCGCGCCGUCUGCAGCGCCAGCUGCUCGCCCAGCUGCCGCCCGCCGCCGCGCAGCAGCUGCGCCGCACGCUCUCGCUCACCGCCUACCCGCCCGCCCGCGACCCGCCCGCCGACCGCGUCGACCCGCCCGCCCCCGCCUCCUCCACGCUGCCGCGGCCGCGGCGGCCCGAGCCCGAGCCGGAGCCGACCCCGGAGCCGCGCGACCCCGGCCCGCGGGCCACGCCCGACCGGCCGCUGCUCAGCAAGUACCUGACCCCGGAGCGCGCGCUGUCGCCGGACGAGCCGUCGGAGCCGGGGCCGCGCCGCGCCUCGCUGCGGCCGACGCCCGACCGCCCCCGGAAACGAGUCUCGCGCUUCCUCCGCCCCGACUUCUUCGACUCGCCGCCCGACGAGAGCGGGUACGCGCGGCAGAAGCGCGAGAAAGAGAUGGAGACGCAGAAGAUACUGAGAGAGAUUCGACAGAAAAGGAGCAGGGCGCUCGAGUCGGGCGUCCGGAGCCCCGAGAGCGGCGCCGCGUCGCCCGGGUCCCGCGAGGAGCCCGUGCUGGCGCGCAGGUGCGUGUCCCCGGGCAUCCUGCUGGCCAGCGAGCGCGGCCGCUCCGACACCCCGUUCCUCCCCAUCCUGGACAACAUUAAAGAGGCCGCCCCGGACGCUCACAAGCUUCCGCCCGAAACCGACCGAAACACUUACGUUGAUAGCAUUUUAGAUAACAAAUUGACUAGGCCGAAAAGCUUCCCUGUAAAACAUUUAGAGCCGUUCGAUGAUCGAAGUCGUCCCGCCCCGACGACGGAUGCGAACGACGAGGCGGGCGGGGAGAAAACUCUGCCGCGGGAAUCUAAACUUGUACGCCCGAAAAGUUACCCCACUAGUAGCCCGUCGCCUGAAAAAGUGUACAUAAAUCGCGCCGCCACGAAGGACCCCGUCAACGGUCCUAGUAGUCCGGUGAAGGAGGAAACGCCUCCGCCGCCUCUCAGUAGUAAAAACGAUGUCGAAGUCAGUUUCAGUAUUAGUUUACCCAGGAAAGCGAAGCCCGCGGCGCCUGUAAACCCGGACAACUCCAUGGAACCGACCCCACUAAAAGAACAGACGCCAGACUCCAAAGAUAGUCCGAGCACAAACCUAGUUGUGAAAAAGUUCGUAGUGGUGAAUAACGAAAGUUCUAGUGAUAAAACGGAUAGUAAAAACCAUAAAAGUGAAAAUGGUGUAGCGAAUGGCGAUUUGAACGGCGGCGCCGUUAAAGCCGAGCCAAAAACUGACGCGAAACCGAAAGUGGUGAACGGCGCAUCUAAAAAAGAAAUCGCGCUGAAAUCUUCCGAAACCGAGGGGAGCGAAAAGAAAGGGACUAUCAAAAAGAAAAUAAUUAAAAAAGUUUCGUCCAAAUCGAAGACCGACGCGGGGAGUGCGGACUCGAAAGAGAAACCCGCCGCCGACAAGAAGAAAGUCACAAAGAAAGCGAAAGAGAAGGAUCCCGAAAACGGCGCCAAGCCGGCCGUCACUAAAAAGAAAUCGGUUUUGCAGUCGAUAGGGCACAAGUUGGAAAAGUUUACGUCGUCCAAGUCGAACUCCCCCGAGAAGUGCGAGAACAAAACUAUCAGCGAGGCUAAGAAAGAUGCGGCGAGUCGCUCGCAGCGGGAGCACUCGGUGCCGGCGAGUGCGGCGGCGCCCACUGAGGCGGGGCUCAUCCGGCGCGCCGUCACGCUCGCACACGUGGCCGCGCUGCACCCGCCGCCGCACAACAACACCGUCUCCAAGGUCCUGGGCCUCUUCAAGAAGUUCGAACCCAAAGAGAAAGCGAAAACUCCAACCGAUACGGAGCCGACCAAAGAAGUGAUCCCCGAGAGCGAACCGGCGGAGGAAUCUGCCGACGAUAAACCCAAACGACCCACGUCGUUGCUCCUCAACGGUCUGGGUCGAAACAGGUGCGGGACGACCGGCGGCGACGAAAACAACGAACUGACGGCACUCAAGAGAGAUGCCGAAUAUAAAAAUAAAAACAGUUUAAAACUGGAUUUCUCCAGGUUGCCGAGAGUUAGGAAAAUAGUUCCUACCGACCCCGCGAUAGAACCGCAAAUUGUGAGCAUCUCCGUAGGUAAAGAGAGCGAGAAGGAGGCGGAGAGGAACGGGACGGGCGAGCGCGACUCGGACGCGAUCGGCCGCGGCCGCUCGCGCAGCCGCUCCGCCCUCUCCAACUCGGAGCUCGGGUCCGAGCCGACCGAGCCCGCGCACCCGCGGCGCGCGCACGAGCCCACCACGCCCGAGCGAGAGGACGUCGUCGACAGAAUACGAAGGAAGAGCUUCUACUCGAGGUUCAACGAAAAGAAACAACGGAGGAAAAGCAAUCUGGUCGGUCCGGGCGCCGCCGAGUACGACCCCGUCGCCGUGCUGCACGGCGCCUCCGACCCCGGCCCGGACCUGUCCCCGGGCCACUCCGCCGCCUCCGACCUCUCGCCCUCCGCCGAGCGCUACCGAUCUCUCCUGACCGACACGCCCGUCAGCACUAGGAACAACUUAAGAUUCGAUAACUACGGCCUGAACGAUAAGAUAGACGCGUACCGAUCUCUCGAUAGAAAAGAAUUCCGGAAGUAUCCGACGCGAAGUUACCUGGAUUAUGAGCGGCCCUCGUACGGCACGCCGGGCGGCUCGGAGUCGGCGCCGGCCCCGGCCCGGUCGCGCUACGGCCGCACGCUGUCCAUGUACUCGCCCGGCAGUUACGCCACCUACCGCCCCAAGACCACCAGGAACUCCGCCAUCAUCCUCAAGGAGAGCGAGAGGGAGCCCAGCCCCGAUAACAUUCUAGACAGAAUUAGACAGAGGAAACAUUACUCGAUUAGCGUCACUCGCAAACCGGACCCCUCCCCGAGGUGUGUAUCGUUCCCGUAUUUUCACGUAAAUAAUUUCAAUAACUUUCCCCCACUUGAACAUAAUACGAGUUGUAUCUGUGCACGCUUCACGCUUUCCGAUUAAAAUUUUCAACACUAAUGCUUUACCGAGUUUUGGCAAACCUAUAAACGAACUGUGAGGUAGGCGUACGUUAUGUAGAAUACUGUUAUCAUGUUAGAUAUCUUUCACUUCUACUGUAUUAUAUGUAAUUUACUCCGGAAUACACGUUUAUAUCAAUAUCAUACUGACAUUUCGGUAGUGCGAUUAAUGUUCUAUUGUGACGUAGUAUCAUGAUUUCAUCGCACACUGCAGACUGCACAAGUGCACUCUGAGGAGCGUUUCAAUAGUUGAUAAAAACCGCAGCGCGUGUGU